AUGGAGUCCCUUCCUCGAUUGGCCCGUAGUGGCCGCCAUGUGCAACUCCGAUACCUGCGCUCGCCUCAAUCGAGGCCGUCGCUCCUUCGACAGCCGUGGCUUCAAAGCACGAGGCCUUUGUCGACCUCGAAGCUAGCUCAAAUCCCCUUUAGACCUGCUCGCCUCGUCUCGUCGCAGCUCCCGGCGCACCUUAUCCACCGUCCGCCCGCCGGGACACUCCGCUACAUUUCCACCAAGCCCCUGCCCAAUCGUGGGCCCCUUGCACGAUUCUUCUACCGCCUCUUCGCGUGGACCGGCAUCUUCAUCGUCUUCUCCGGCAGUCUCGUACUCGCCUUCUUCAUCUACGAUGCGUCCACCUACCGCGAGACGCCCGACGCCACCGGUGAUAUCGCCGUCUCAGAGGCGGCCCUUCGACCCAGAAGAGGAGGUCCUAAGAACUUGCCCAUAGCGGAGAUCCUGGUCGACGACGAAGACUGUGAGCCCAUGCGAGCACAAAAGGACAAGCCGAAAUUGGUCAUCCUAGGCACGGGCUGGGGCAGUGUUGCCAUGCUGAAGGAGCUACACCCGGGCGACUAUCACGUCACGGUCGUGUCGCCCGACAACUACUUCCUGUUCACACCCAUGUUACCUUCUGCCACGGUCGGCACGCUGGAAUUGCGAUCCCUGGUCGAGCCUAUCCGCCGAAUCGUCAACCGCCUGCGAGGCCAUUUCUUGAAGGCUGAGGCGGUCGAUAUCGAGUUUAGUGAGAAACUCGUCGAGGUGGUGCAGGCCGACGCUGAGGGCAACAAGCGCCACUUCUACCUGCCCUACGAUAAGUUGAUCAUCGGCGUUGGGUCGACCACGAACCCGCACGGCGUCAAAGGCUUGGAGAACUGCAACUUCCUCAAGACCAUCGAAGACGCUCGUCUGAUCAAGCUCAAGGUCCUGCGCAACCUGGAGCUGGCCUGUCUGCCGACCACAACGGACGAAGAACGACGGAGAUUGCUUUCGUUUGUUGUCAGUGGCGGUGGCCCCACUGGCGUCGAGUUCGCCGCAGAACUCUACGACAUGCUCAAUGAAGAUCUGCUGUACUCAUUCCCGCGGAUCCUGCGCAAUGAAGUUUCUGUCCAUGUCAUCCAGUCAAGAGGUCACAUCUUGAACACCUACGACGAAGCCCUAUCAAUCUAUGCCGAGAAGCGCUUCGAGCACGACCACGUCGAGGUCUUGACGAAUGCCCGUGUCAAGGAAGUCGCCCCAGACCGGAUCAUCUUCUCGCAGAUGGAAGAUGGCACCCCUGUGACAAAAGAGCUGCCCAUGGGUUUCUGUCUCUGGUCGACCGGUGUUGCGCAGACGGAACUGUGUCGCAAGAUUGCCAAGAAGCUGAGCGGCUUUCAAAACAACCGUCACGCCCUGGAAACCGACUCGCAUCUGCGUCUGCUGGGAGCCCCAUUGGGGGAUGUCUACGCCAUCGGCGACUGCUCGACCGUGCAGAACAACGUUGCCGACCACAUCACAACCUUCCUCCGCGGCAUGGCUUUCGAACAGGGCAAGGACCCGGAGAAGAUGCACAUCACUUUCCAGGACUGGCGAGUCGUGGCUCAAAAGGUCCGCAAGAGGUUCCCCCAAGCAGCUGGCCACCUAAAGCGCCUCGAUAAGCUCUUUCAGGAGUACGACAAGGACAAGUCCGGCACCCUCGACUUUGGUGAAUUACACGAACUUCUCGUGCAGAUUGACAGCAAACUCACCUCGUUACCGGCCACAGCACAGCGAGCGAACCAACAAGGCCAGUAUCUGGGUCGCAAAUUCAACAAGAUCGCCGUUGCCAUCCCGGGCUUCCGCGCGAACGAAGUCGACUUUGGCGACCUGGACGAAGCAGUCUACAAGGCAUUUGACUACCAUCACAUGGGCUCGCUGGCGUACAUUGGCAACGCCGCCAUCUUUGACUUUAACGGGCUGAACUUCUCGGGUGGGUUGAUGGCCGUGUAUCUGUGGCGGAGCAUCUAUUUUGCCCAGAGCGUGAGUUUCCGCACGCGGUUGCUGUUGGCCAUGGAUUGGAGUAAGAGGGCCUUGUUCGGCAGAGGUGAGUUGACCGUCUCUUACUGGCGCAAACGUGGCUAA